AUGAAGGAUAUCGUCGCCCUGCCCGCUGACAAAGAGCGCUCAACUGUCGUCAUGGAUAAGGUCGACUACUGUGAAAAAGUAGAAAAUCUACUGAUGGACAAGGAUUCGUAUGUGCCAUCGACCGUCAGCGAGUUUAAAAAGUUUGAAAACGCCAUUAAUAAGACGAUCAACGAGUUGAGAAAUAGAGGAGCUCUCACAAGAAGGGAAGCGCUGGCUGCAAAGGCCGCCGAUGCUGCAAUGGUACGUUUCUACGGCCUACCAAAGGUGCACAAACCAGGAGUGCCCUUGCACCCCCAUCAUAUCCCUACGUGGCACCCCAACCUUUGGGUUGUCAAAUUGACUUCCUCAGCCACCGUGCUUCAUUAG